AGUGGAGAUUUGUCAUGUGAAAAAGAGAAACUUGACGGAUAUGUUGAUGUUCCGACGUUCGUACAAAUUUUGGUUAAAAAUGAAUUAAGAUGAAUCGAAAAACUCCCAAGAGUUACUCUCGUCGAGUAUCUGAGGAUGUGGCUUCUUUAGAUUCAUGGAGUGAAGCUCUGAGUGAUGAUGUGUCAACUAUAACGGUAAAUGAUAAAGGGCCAUCACUAACUCCUGUAGAUUUAAAAGCGAGGAAAAACUCUUCUAAUAACCAGCUUUUAUUGAAUCCAGCAAAGUUGGUUUCUCAAUCCUCAUCGCGAAAUGCUGUUCGGAACAGAAACGAAGAAAGUGGGAGAAGAUUCGAAGCGAGUAGUUCGGGACCAAGCCGAAAUCCUUCAGAACAAACAGGUGUGAAGUUUGACAUCUCUACAAGCGAUCCCUUUGAUAUUGACGAUGGAUCAUUCGAUAAUAUCAACAGUGUGUAUUUAUCAUUGCCUGAAGGACAUGGGGCUUGUCUAAAGGAGUCAUAUUCCACCAUCAGUACCUCGGAAAAUAACCUGGACUAUAAUGACUGUAGUGAUUUUCAUAGCCUCCCAGAUUUAACUGCGGUUAAUUCAAAGACACGGACGUAUCCCCCUCACUAUGUACACCCAAAAUCUUUGCAAUAUCCAACACAGGGUGAAACUUCGGAAAAAGUGAAAAACAAGUUAAUGUCCAUGUGGAACAAUGUGAAAUAUGGAUGGACGUUGAAGACAAAGACCAGCUUUAGAUUUGACAGUCCAGUCUGGCUUUUGGGAAAAUUUUACCAUAUAAAACCAAGUGAUCUCAUAGAUGAUGAUAUUCAGAGAGGAAAAAGAACAAGAGUUGUGCCAAACAUUGAAAAGUUCAAACAGGAUUUCUCGAGCCUGCUGUGGUUUACGUAUAGACAAGACUUCCCAGCCAUCCCCGGGACCAAGCUGACCUCGGACUGUGGGUGGGGGUGCAUGUUAAGGAGUGGUCAGAUGAUGCUUGCUAAGGCUCUCACAUUACAUUACUUAGGACCAGAAUGGAAUGUGUUUAGUGACCAAACAAGAGAACAGGAAACGUACAGGAAGCAGAUAAUCCGCUGGUUUGGAGAUUACCUCUGUGACGAGUCACCGUUCUCUAUGCACCGAUUGGUGGAGGUCGGGAAAAGUCUUGGCAAACAGCCAGGGGAGUGGUUUGGUCCCGCCUCAGUCGCUCACAUACUCAAGGAAACAAUGGUGAAAGGACAGAAGACACAGACAGUUCUAUCAGAUCUCUGUGUAUAUGUCUCUCAGGACUGCACUGUCUACAAACAGGACAUAUAUGAGCUCUGUUGUACGCGACCGAGGACGGAUACAAAGUUCACCAACUCCACGGAGUCGGAGCAUGAAUCCAGUCAGGAUGCUUCCUCCAUGGACUGGAAGCGGGCUGUCGUGAUCCUUAUUCCGGUUAGACUAGGAGGGGAGCAGCUUAAUCCAGUCUACAUUCCUUGUGUGAAAGGGCUUCUAUCUCAGGACUCCUGUAUCGGCAUCAUUGGAGGGAAGCCCAAACAUUCACUCUACUUUGUAGGAUGGCAAGAAGACAAACUGAUAUAUUUAGAUCCACACUACUGUCAGGAUGUGGUUGACACAAGGGAGAGACACUUUCCAAUCCAGUCCUAUCACUGUAUGUCGCCCAGAAAGGUCUCCAUUGACAAAAUAGACCCUAGCUGUACCAUUGGCUUCUACUGCAGAAACCAGAAAGAAUUUGAAAAGUUUGUACAGCAAACAGAGGAGAUGGUGGCACCACCAAAACAAAGGCUUUCCUACCCAAUGUUUGUGUUCAGUGAUGGACAUAGUAAUGAGGUCAAGAUAGACACGGCUGAAAAGGACCGCCUCCUACGAGUCAAGCACGUUCGCCUGGACGAAUAUGGUCGCAUUCGUUCCCAGACACUGGAUUCUGAGGAAUUUAAUGGAAGAGGCUUACAUAGGCAUUGCCUGCUGCCUAAUCCAUUUAUAGCCACCCGUGGCAAAUCUUUCACUAAUCUUAACGCUUUUUCGAUCCCCAUCUUUCAUGCCUUUCAAUCAUCCGAAAUUACUGAAGAUCUAGUGCGCAAGAGGGCAGAACACAAUAAUCUAGAAAUUUCUACAUUGGAAGAAAUUUCUCUUCAUCAGCAAGACAUUGAGAAGAUUGAAAACUUGGAUAAAUGGUGCAGGGAUCUAAAAAUUUUAUAUUUACAGAGCAACUUGAUCCCCAAAAUUGAAAAUGUUGGUAGGCUAAAGAAACUAGAAUACCUAAAUCUAGCUUUGAAUAAUGUUGAAAAAAUUGAAAACCUGGAAAAUUGUGAAAUGCUGCAGAAACUGGAUUUAACUGUGAACUUUGUUGGUGAACUUACAAGUAUUGAGUGUCUCAAGAAUUUGGCUCAUUUUCGAGAACUGUAUUUGACAGGGAACCCUUGCACAGAAUAUGAGGGCUACAGGGAAUAUGUUGUAGCCACAUUACCACAGCUAAAGUAUCUGGAUGGAAAAAUAAUUGAAAAGUCAGAAAGGAUAAAGUCAAUGCAGGACGUUGGAGUUUUGAAAGGUUAUAUCAUAGAACAACAAAACAGACAUCGCAAAAAACGAGAAAAAGAGAAAGAGGAGAUAAGGCGUCAUGAAGAAAUGAAAGAGAAAUCUAAGAAAGGCACAGACUGGUACACAGAUGUCAAUGGUGAUCAAAAAGAUUCCCAAGAUGCAGGGGAGCCACGGGAGCUAAACACAGAAGAAGAAGACGAUGAAGAAAUGUCAGCGGAGAAAGAUAAAAAAUUUUGGGAUGAGGAGGUUCCUUUUACACCCGAGUCCCGAGUGGCCGUCCACGAACACAUGAAGAAGCUCAAACAGAAGGACGAGGACAAAAACAAACCUCCUCCAAAGCAGCCGAGACGUCUGUUUGCUGAUGAUGGAAGACCACUCAAUGUGAAUGAAGCAAAGAUUGACUUUACACUGACUGAGAAUGAAAGUGAGAACUGCUUUUUACUGGAUGUAGCCUGUUUUAAACACAUGGACACAUCUUUGAUUGAUUGUGACGUACAGCCUAACUAUGUUCGAGUCAGCCUUAAAGGAAAGAUGUUCCAGCUGUGUUUAACAGAGGAAGUCAAUGCAGACUCCAGCACUGCAAAGAGGUCCCAGAUCACGGGGCAUUUGCUGGUCACAAUGCCGAAGGCUAAACCUGUUAUAAAGCCAGCAAAACCCAAAGCAGAAAGCAGUAGUGAGAAUAAAGAAAACAGACAGAGGGGAAACAGAAAUACGAUUGAAAAACUUGAGGUUGAUGCAUCAGCACAUAAAACAGUUGAUAUUGCGAACAUUGUGAAGGAAAAAAUGGACAAAGUUGUACCUCCACUAGGACACAAGUCUCGGCAGAAAGCACAGGAACGCCCCAAUAGUGAGAGCUUUGUGGACGACCCUGACGUUCCCCCCUUGGAGUGAUCGCAUGCAAUAUUUAACAAUCUUUAAAUCACAUUCCAUAAUUUAUGAUCCGUCCAACUUCAUUAAAAUACAAAUAUAAACAAG